AUUAUAAAAAGGGGUGGAGAGUCAAUGACUUCAGACAGGUUUUCUAUUGUACAUCAACCGGACAGUAAACCAUCAGUCUCUGAAGAGGUGAAGUACAAAGAGUGAAAGAUGGGGGAUGCAGCGAUGGCAGAGUUUGGCCCUGCGGCUCCGUACCUCAGGAAGUCGGACAUAGAGCGUCUGGAGGCCCAAACUCGCCCCUUUGACAUGAAGAAAGAAUGUUUCGUUCCCGAUGCCGCAGAGGAGUAUCUUAAAGCAUCUAUUGUCAGUCGAGAUGGUGAUAAAAUCACCUGUGAGACUUCAAAGGGAACGACAGUAACUGUGAAGGAGGCUGAUGUUCAUCCUCAGAACCCGCCAAAGUUUGAUAAAAUUGAGGACAUGGCGAUGUUCACCUUCCUGCACGAGCCCGCUGUGCUGUUUAAUCUCAAAGAGCGUUACGCAGCCUGGAUGAUCUACACCUACUCUGGGCUCUUCUGUGUCACUGUGAACCCCUACAAGUGGCUCCCGGUGUACAACCAGGAAGUUGUCCUUGCCUACAGAGGAAAGAAGAGGAGUGAAGCUCCUCCUCACAUCUUCUCCAUCUCUGACAACGCCUACCAAUACAUGCUGUCAGACAGAGAAAACCAGUCCAUUCUUAUCACUGGAGAAUCUGGUGCUGGAAAGACUGUGAACACCAAGAGAGUCAUUCAGUACUUCGCCAGCAUUGCUGCUGGCAGUGGCAAGAAGGAGACGACUGAUAAGAAGGGUACUCUGGAGGAUCAAAUCAUCCAGUGUAAUCCUGCUCUGGAGGCUUUUGGGAAUGCCAAGACCAUCAGAAAUGACAACUCGUCUCGCUUUGGCAAGUUCAUUCGCAUUCACUUUGCUGCCAGUGGAAAGCUUGCUUCUGCUGAUAUUGAGACUUAUCUGUUAGAGAAAUCCCGUGUGACUUUCCAGCUCAAAGCUGAGAGAGACUACCACAUCUUCUACCAGAUCCUGUCUCAGAGAAAACCAGAACUUCUGGAGAUGCUGCUGAUCACAGCGAACCCAUACGAUUACGCCUUCAUUUCUCAAGGAGAGACGCAAGUGGCCUCUAUUGAUGAUGCUGACGAGUUGAUGGCUACAGAUGAAGCGUUUGAUGUGUUGGGCUUCACCCAAGAGGAGAAGAACAGCAUCUACAAGCUGAUUGGUGCCAUCAUGCACUACGGGAACAUGAAGUUCAAGCAGAAGCAACGAGAGGAACAGGCAGAGGCUGAUGGGACUGAGGAUGCUGAUAAGUCAGCUUAUCUGAUGGGCCUGAACUCUGCUGAUCUCAUCAAGGCUCUGUGCCACCCAAGAGUCAAAGUAGGGAAUGAGUGGGUCACCAAGGGACAGAAUGUCCAGCAGGUGUACUAUGCUAUUGGAGCUCUUUCCAAAUCUGUGUACGAGAAGAUGUUCCUCUGGAUGGUUGUGAGAAUCAACCAAUCCCUGGACACCAAACAGCCUCGUCAGUACUUCAUUGGUGUGCUGGACAUUGCUGGAUUUGAGAUCUUUGAUUUCAACACCUUUGAGCAGCUGUGCAUCAACUUCACUAAUGAGAAGCUGCAGCAGUUCUUCAACCACCACAUGUUUGUGCUGGAGCAAGAGGAAUACAAGAAGGAGGGCAUUGAGUGGGAGUUCAUUGACUUUGGCAUGGACUUACAGGCUUGUAUUGAUCUCAUUGAAAAGCCCAUGGGUAUCAUGUCCAUCCUUGAAGAGGAGUGCAUGUUCCCUAAAGCCAGUGAUGCAACAUUCAAAGCUAAGCUUUAUGACAACCAUUUGGGGAAAUCCAACAACUUCCAGAAGCCCAGGAUUGUCAAGGGUAAACCAGAGGCGCAUUUCUCCCUGGUUCACUACGCUGGCACUGUGGACUACAACAUCAAUAACUGGCUGGUGAAGAACAAGGACCCUCUAAAUGAGACGGUUGUUGGCCUCUAUCAGAAAUCCACCAUGAAACUGCUGUCGAACCUGUUUGCUGGAUAUGCUGGUGCUGACUCAGCAGCGGAGGGCGGCGGAGGAGGUGGCAAAGGAAAGGAGAAGAAGAAAAAGGGCUCUUCUUUCCAGACAGUAUCUGCCCUUCACAGGGAGAACCUGAACAAGCUGAUGACCAACUUGAGGUCAACUCACCCUCACUUUGUGCGCUGCAUCAUCCCCAAUGAGACUAAGACUCCUGGGGCGAUGGAGAAUCCUCUGGUCAUGCACCAGCUGCGCUGUAACGGUGUGCUGGAGGGCAUCAGAAUCUGCAGAAAGGGAUUCCCCAACAGGAUCCUGUAUGGAGAUUUCAAGCAGAGAUACCGCAUCCUAAACCCUGCUGCUAUCCCUGAGGGACAGUUUAUUGACAGCAGGAAAGGAGCAGAAAAACUACUGGGAUCUCUGGACAUUGAUCACAACCAGUACAAGUUUGGCCAUACUAAGGUGUUCUUCAAGGCUGGUCUGCUGGGUACUCUUGAAGAGAUGAGAGAUGACCGUCUUGCUCUCAUCAUUACUGGGAUUCAAGCAAGAGCUCGUGGUAUUCUCUCAAGAAUUGAGUUCCAGAAGAUUGUUGAGCGCAGAGAUUCUUUGUUGGUGAUCCAGUGGAACGUGCGUGCCUUCAUGGGUGUCAAGAAUUGGCCCUGGAUGAAGCUGUAUUUCAAGAUCAAGCCUCUUCUGAGAUCUGCUGAAGCGGAGAAAGAAAUGGCCAACAUGAAGGAAGAAUUCCUGAAGUUGAAGGAGGCUUACGCCAAAUCCGAAGCCCGCAGAAAGGAGCUUGAAGAAAAGAUGGUUACUCUUCUCCAAGAGAAGAACGACCUACAACUUCAAGUUCAAGCUGAGCAAGACAAUCUUUGCGAUGCUGAGGAGAGAUGCGAGGGUCUGAUCAAAAACAAGAUCCAGCUUGAAGCUAAAGUCAAAGAAAUGACAGAGAGACUGGAAGAUGAAGAAGAAAUGAAUGCUGAGUUGACUGCCAAGAAACGGAAGCUGGAGGAUGAAUGUUCUGAGCUCAAGAAGGACAUUGAUGAUCUUGAGCUCACUCUGGCCAAAGUGGAGAAAGAGAAACAUGCAACUGAGAACAAGGUUAAAAACCUGACAGAAGAGAUGGCAGCUUUGGAUGAGAUCAUUGCUAAGCUGACCAAGGAGAAGAAAGCUCUGCAGGAGGCCCAUCAGCAAACGCUGGAUGAUCUCCAGAGUGAGGAAGACAAAGUCAACACACUCACCAAAGCCAAAGCCAAGCUGGAGCAACAAGUGGAUGAUCUUGAAGGUUCCCUGGAACAGGAAAAGAAACUUCGUAUGGAUCUGGAGAGAGCUAAGAGGAAGCUUGAGGGAGACUUAAAGUUGACCCAAGAGAGUUUGAUGGACCUGGAAAAUGACAAACAACAACUGGAAGAAAGGAUUAAAAAGAAAGAUUUUGAGAUCAGUCAACUCAGUAGCAAGAUUGAAGAUGAGCAGGCAAUGGCAGCCCAACUUCAGAAGAAACUGAAGGAGUUGCAGGCUCGCAUUGAAGAGCUUGAGGAAGAGCUGGAGGCUGAGAGAGCCGCUCGAGCCAAAGUUGAGAAACAGAGAGCUGAUCUGUCCAGAGAACUGGAGGAGAUCAGUGAGAGGCUGGAGGAGGCUGGUGGAGCCACUGCUGCCCAGAUUGAGAUGAACAAGAAACGUGAAGCUGAGUUCCAGAAGCUGCGUAGAGAUCUUGAAGAGUCCACUCUACAACAUGAAGCUACCGCUGCUACACUGAGGAAGAAACAUGCCGACAGUGUGGCUGAUCUGGGAGAACAGAUUGACAACCUUCAGAGAGUGAAGCAGAAGCUGGAGAAAGAGAAGAGUGAACUCAGACUGGAACUGGACGAUGUGGUCUCCAACAUGGAGCAGCUUGCUAAGGCCAAGGCAAACCUGGAGAAAAUGUGCAGGACCCUUGAAGACCAGAUGUCAGAAUACAGAACAAAAUAUGAAGAAGGACAACGCAGCAUCAAUGACUUUACCAUGCAAAAAGCUAAGCUACAAACUGAGAAUGGGGAGCUUUCUAGACAGCUGGAAGAAAAGGAUUCCUUGGUCUCACAGCUAACAAGAGGCAAGCAGUCCUACACCCAGCAGAUUGAGGACCUUAAGAGACAACUAGAGGAGGAAGUCAAGGCUAAGAAUGCCCUGGCCCAUGCAGUUCAAUCUGCUCGUCAUGACUCUGAUCUGCUGAGGGAGCAGUUUGAGGAGGAGCAGGAAGCUAAAGCUGAGCUGCAGCGGAGUCUGUCCAAGGCAAACUCUGAGGUGGCUCAGUGGAGAACCAAGUAUGAAACUGAUGCCAUCCAGAGGACUGAGGAGCUGGAGGAUGCCAAGAAGAAGCUGGCUCAGCGUCUGCAAGAUGCAGAAGAAGCUGUGGAAGCCGUCAAUGCCAAAUGCUCCUCACUGGAGAAGACCAAACACAGGCUGCAGAAUGAGAUUGAAGAUCUCAUGGUGGAUGUGGAGAGAUCCAAUGCUGCUGCCGCUGCUCUGGACAAGAAGCAAAGAAACUUUGACAAGGUCCUGGCUGAAUGGAAGCAGAAAUAUGAGGAGUCUCAGAGUGAGCUGGAAAGCUCCCAGAAGGAGGCCAGAUCUCUGAGCACUGAACUCUUCAAACUGAAGAACUCUUACGAGGAGUCGCUGGAUCAUCUGGAGACCAUAAAGAGAGAAAACAAGAACCUCCAAGAGGAGAUCGCUGAUCUCACUGAACAAAUUGGUGAAAGUGGAAAGAACAUUCAUGAACUAGAGAAAGUUCGUAAGCAGCUGGAGCAGGAGAAAGCUGAAAUUCAAGCAGCUUUGGAAGAGGCUGAGGGUUCUCUUGAACAUGAGGAAGGUAAGAUCCUGAGGGCCCAACUAGAGUUUAAUCAGAUCAAAGCUGAUAUUGAACGUAAGCUGACUGAGAAAGAUGAAGAGAUGGAGCAAGCCAAGAGGAACCAGCAGAGAAUGGUUGAUACUCUGCAGAGCUCACUGGAAUCAGAGACUCGCAGCAGGAAUGAAGCUCUCAGACUGAAGAAGAAGAUGGAGGGAGACCUCAAUGAGAUGGAGAUUCAGCUCAGCCAGGCUAACAGACAGGCAUCAGAAGCCCAGAAGCAACUCAAGGGUCUUCAUGGACAUCUCAAGGAUGCCCAACUGCAGCUGGAUGACGCUCUGCGUGGUAAUGAUGAUCUCAAAGAGAACAUCGCCAUCGUGGAGAGACGCAACAAUCUGCUGCAGGCUGAACUGGAUGAGCUGAGAUCUCUGGUGGAACAGACUGAGAGAGGAAGGAAACUGGCUGAGCAGGAACUGCUGGACGUCAGUGAGAGAGUCCAGCUCCUGCAUUCUCAGAACACCAGCCUGCUGAAUCAGAAGAAGAAGCUGGAGGGAGAUAAUACUCAGCUUCAGACUGAGGUUGAGGAGGCAGUGCAGGAGUGCAGGAACGCUGAGGAAAAAGCCAAGAAGGCCAUCACUGAUGCUGCCAUGAUGGCAGAAGAGCUGAAGAAGGAGCAGGACACCAGCGCUCAUCUGGAGCGCAUGAAGAAGAACAUGGAGCAGACCAUCAAGGACCUGCAGCACCGUCUGGAUGAAGCUGAGCAGAUCGCCAUGAAGGGAGGCAAGAAGCAGGUCCAGAAACUGGAAGCCAGGGUGAGAGAGCUGGAAAAUGAGGUGGAGCUGGAACAGAGAAAGGCGAGCGAGUCUGUGAAAGGAGUCCGUAAAUAUGAGAGACGCAUCAAGGAGCUCACCUACCAGACUGAGGAAGACCGUAAGAAUCUGGCACGUCUUCAGGAUCUGGUGGACAAACUCCAGCUGAAGGUCAAGUCCUACAAGAGAGCUGCUGAGGAGGCGGAGGAGCAGGCCAAUUCUAACCUGGGCAAGUUCCGUAAGCUUCAGCAUGAGCUGGAUGAAGCGGAGGAGAGGGCAGAUAUUGCCGAAUCUCAGGUCAACAAGCUGAGAGCCAAGAGCCGUGACACUGGAUCUAAGAAAGGGCACGAUGAAGACUUUGAACCAUCCGUCUCUGAAGAAGAUAAUAGUGGAAGAAAGAUGGGGGAUUCCCAGAUGGCAGAGUUUGGAGCAGCUGCUCCAUUCCUCAGGAAGUCGGACAUAGAGCGUCUAGAGGCCCAAACUCGCCCCUUUGACAUGAAGAAAGAAUGUUUUGUUCCUGAUGCUGUAGAGGAGUAUCUUAAAGCAUCUAUUGUCAGUCGAGAUGGUGAUAAAGUCACCUGUGAGACUUCAAAGGGAACGACCGUAACUGUGAAGGAGGCUGAUAUUCAUCCUCAGAACCCGCCAAAGUUUGAUAAAAUUGAGGACAUGGCGAUGUUCACCUUCCUGCACGAGCCCGCUGUGCUGUUUAACCUCAAAGAGCGUUACGCAGCCUGGAUGAUCUACACCUACUCUGGGCUCUUCUGUGUCACUGUGAACCCCUACAAGUGGCUCCCGGUGUAUAACCAGGAAGUUGUCCUUGCCUACAGAGGAAAGAAGAGGAGUGAAGCUCCUCCACACAUCUUCUCCAUCUCUGACAACGCCUACCAAUACAUGCUGUCAGACAGAGAAAACCAGUCCAUUCUUAUCACUGGAGAAUCUGGUGCUGGAAAGACUGUGAACACCAAGAGAGUCAUUCAGUACUUCGCCAGCAUUGCUGCCAGUCCUUCAAAGAAGGAGACCACCGAAAAGAAGGGUACUCUGGAGGAUCAAAUCAUCCAGUGUAAUCCUGCUCUUGAGGCCUUUGGGAAUGCCAAGACCAUCAGAAAUGACAACUCGUCUCGCUUUGGCAAGUUUAUCAGGAUCCACUUUGCUGCCAGUGGCAAGCUAGCAUCUGCUGAUAUUGAGACUUAUCUUCUGGAGAAGUCUCGUGUGACUUUCCAGCUCAAGGCUGAGAGAGACUACCACAUCUUCUACCAGAUCCUGUCUCAGAAGAAACCAGAACUAUUAGAGAUGCUGCUGAUCACAGCAAACCCUUAUGAUUAUGCUUUCAUCUCUCAAGGAGAGACGCAAGUGGCCUCUAUUAAUGAUGCUGACGAGCUGAUGGCAACAGAUGAAGCAUUUGAUGUGUUGGGCUUCACCCAAGAGGAGAAGAACAGCAUCUACAAGCUGACUGGUGCCAUCAUGCACUACGGGAACAUGAAGUUCAAGCAGAAGCAACGAGAGGAACAGGCAGAGGCUGAUGGGACUGAGGAUGCUGAUAAAGCAGCUUAUCUGAUGGGCCUGAACUCUGCUGAUCUCAUCAAGGCUCUGUGCCACCCGAGAGUCAAAGUAGGGAAUGAGUGGGUCACCAAGGGACAGAAUGUCCAGCAGGUGUACUAUGCUAUUGGAGCUCUUUCCAAAUCUGUGUACGAGAAGAUGUUCCUCUGGAUGGUUGUGAGAAUCAACCAAUCCCUGGACACCAAACAGCCUCGUCAGUACUUCAUUGGUGUGCUGGACAUUGCUGGAUUUGAGAUCUUUGAUUUCAACACCUUUGAGCAGCUGUGCAUCAACUUCACUAAUGAGAAGCUGCAGCAGUUCUUCAACCACCACAUGUUUGUGCUGGAGCAAGAGGAAUACAAGAAGGAGGGCAUUGAGUGGGAGUUCAUUGACUUUGGCAUGGACUUACAGGCUUGUAUUGAUCUCAUUGAAAAGCCCAUGGGUAUCAUGUCCAUCCUUGAAGAGGAGUGCAUGUUCCCUAAAGCCAGUGAUGCAACAUUCAAAGCUAAGCUUUAUGACAACCAUUUGGGGAAAUCCAACAACUUCCAGAAGCCCAGGAUUGUCAAGGGUAAACCAGAGGCGCAUUUCUCCCUGGUUCACUACGCUGGCACUGUGGACUACAACAUCAAUAACUGGCUGGUGAAGAACAAGGACCCUCUCAAUGAGACGGUUGUUGGCCUCUAUCAGAAAUCCACCAUGAAACUGCUGUCGAACCUGUUUGCUAAUUAUGCUGGUGCUGACUCAGUCGCAGAGGGCGGCGGAGGAGGUGGCAAAGGAAAGGAGAAGAAGAAAAAGGGCUCUUCUUUCCAGACAGUAUCUGCCCUUCACAGGGAGAACCUGAACAAGCUGAUGACCAACUUGAGGUCAACUCACCCUCACUUUGUGCGCUGCAUCAUCCCCAAUGAGACUAAGACUCCUGGGGCGAUGGAGAAUCCUCUGGUCAUGCACCAGCUGCGCUGUAACGGUGUGCUGGAGGGCAUCAGAAUCUGCAGAAAGGGAUUCCCCAACAGGAUCCUGUAUGGAGAUUUCAAGCAGAGAUAUCGUAUACUGAACCCUGCUGCCAUCCCAGAGGGUCAGUUCAUAGACAGCAGGAAAGGAGCUGAGAAGUUAUUGGGAUCUUUGGAUAUUGAUCAUAACCAGUACAAGUUUGGACAUACAAAGGUGUUCUUCAAGGCUGGUCUUCUGGGUGCUCUUGAAGAGAUGCGAGAUGACCGUCUUGCUCUCAUCAUCACAAAUAUUCAGGCUAGAGCUCGUGGUCUUCUCUCAAGAAUUGAGUUCCAGAAGAUUGUUGAGCGCAGAGACGCCUUGCUUGUUAUCCAGUGGAAUGUACGUGCCUUCAUGGGUGUCAAGAAUUGGCCCUGGAUGAAGCUCUACUUCAAGAUCAAACCGCUGCUGAGAUCUGCUGAAGCAGAGAAAGAAAUGGCCAACAUGAAGGAAGAAUUCCUGAAGUUGAAGGAGGCUUACGCCAAAUCCGAAGCCCGCAGAAAGGAGCUUGAAGAAAAGAUGGUUACUCUUCUCCAAGAGAAGAACGACCUACAACUUCAAGUUCAAGCUGAGCAAGACAAUCUUUGCGAUGCUGAGGAGAGAUGCGAGGGUCUGAUCAAAAACAAGAUCCAGCUUGAAGCUAAAGUCAAAGAGCUGACCGAGAGGGUGGAAGAUGAAGAAGAAAUGAAUGCUGAGUUGACUGCCAAGAAACGAAAGCUGGAGGAUGAAUGUUCUGAGCUCAAGAAGGACAUUGAUGACCUUGAGCUCACUCUGGCCAAAGUGGAGAAAGAGAAACAUGCAACUGAGAACAAGGUUAAAAACCUGACAGAAGAGAUGGCAGCUUUGGAUGAGAUCAUUGCUAAGCUGACCAAGGAGAAGAAAGCUCUGCAGGAGGCCCAUCAGCAAACGCUGGAUGAUCUCCAGAGUGAGGAAGACAAAGUCAACACACUCACCAAAGCCAAAGCCAAGCUGGAGCAACAAGUGGAUGAUCUUGAAGGUUCCCUGGAACAGGAAAAGAAACUUCGUAUGGAUCUGGAGAGAGCUAAGAGAAAGCUUGAGGGAGACUUAAAGUUGACCCAAGAGAGUGUCAUGGACCUGGAAAAUGACAAACAGCAACUGGAAGAAAGGAUUAAAAAGAAGGAUUUUGAGAUCAGCCAACUUAAUAGCAAGAUUGAAGAUGAGCAGGCAAUGGCAGCUCAACUUCAGAAGAAACUGAAGGAGUUGCAGGCUCGCAUUGAAGAGCUUGAGGAAGAGCUGGAGGCUGAGAGAGCUGCUCGAGCCAAAGUUGAGAAACAGAGAGCUGAUCUGUCCAGAGAACUGGAGGAGAUCAGUGAGAGGCUGGAGGAGGCUGGUGGAGCCACUGCUGCCCAGAUUGAGAUGAACAAGAAGCGUGAAGCUGAGUUCCAGAAGCUGCGUAGAGAUCUUGAAGAGUCCACUCUACAACAUGAAGCCACCGCUGCUACACUGAGGAAGAAACAUGCCGACAGUGUGGCUGAUCUGGGAGAACAGAUUGACAACCUUCAGAGAGUGAAGCAGAAGCUGGAGAAAGAGAAGAGUGAACUCAGACUGGAACUGGACGAUGUGGUCUCCAACAUGGAGCAGCUUGCUAAGGCCAAGGCAAACCUGGAGAAAAUGUGCAGGACCCUUGAAGACCAGAUGUCAGAAUACAGAACAAAAUAUGAAGAAGGACAACGCAGCAUCAAUGACUUUACCAUGCAAAAAGCUAAGCUACAAACUGAGAAUGGGGAGCUUUCUAGACAGCUGGAAGAAAAGGAUUCCUUGGUCUCACAGCUAACAAGAGGCAAGCAGUCCUACACCCAGCAGAUUGAGGACCUUAAGAGACAACUAGAGGAGGAAGUCAAGGCUAAGAAUGCCCUGGCCCAUGCAGUUCAAUCUGCUCGUCAUGACUCUGAUCUGCUGAGGGAGCAGUUUGAGGAGGAGCAGGAAGCUAAAGCUGAGCUGCAGCGGAGUCUGUCCAAGGCAAACUCUGAGGUGGCUCAGUGGAGAACCAAGUAUGAAACUGAUGCCAUCCAGAGGACUGAGGAGCUGGAGGAUGCCAAGAAGAAGCUGGCUCAGCGUCUGCAAGAUGCAGAAGAAGCUGUGGAAGCAGUCAAUGCCAAAUGCUCCUCACUGGAGAAGACCAAACACAGGCUGCAGAAUGAGAUUGAAGAUCUCAUGGUGGAUGUGGAGAGAUCCAAUGCUGCUGCCGCUGCUCUGGACAAGAAGCAAAGAAACUUUGACAAGGUCCUGGCUGAAUGGAAGCAGAAAUAUGAGGAGUCUCAGAGUGAGCUGGAAAGCUCCCAGAAGGAGGCCAGAUCUCUGAGCACUGAACUCUUCAAACUGAAGAACUCCUACGAGGAGUCGCUGGAUCAUCUGGAGACCAUGAAGAGAGAAAACAAGAACCUCCAAGAGGAGAUCGCUGAUCUCACUGAACAAAUUGGUGAGAGUGGAAAGAACAUUCAUGAACUAGAGAAAGUUCGCAAACAACUGGAGCAGGAGAAAGCUGAAAUUCAAGCAGCUUUGGAGGAGGCUGAAGGCUCACUUGAGCAUGAAGAAGGCAAGAUACUUAGAGCUCAACUGGAGUUCAAUCAAGUAAAGGCUGAUAUUGAACGUAAGCUGGCUGAGAAAGAUGAAGAGAUGGAGCAGUCCAAGAGGAACCAGCAGAGAAUGGUUGAUACUCUGCAGAGCUCACUGGAAUCAGAGACUCGCAGCAGGAAUGAAGCUCUCAGACUGAAGAAGAAGAUGGAGGGAGACCUCAAUGAGAUGGAGAUUCAGCUCAGCCAGGCUAACAGACAGGCAUCAGAAGCCCAGAAGCAACUCAAGGGUCUUCAUGGACAUCUCAAGGAUGCCCAACUGCAGCUGGACGACGCUCUGCGAGGUAAUGAUGAUCUCAAAGAGAACAUCGCCAUCGUGGAGAGACGCAACAAUCUGCUGCAGGCUGAACUGGAUGAGCUGAGAUCUCUGGUGGAACAGACUGAGAGAGGAAGGAAACUGGCUGAGCAGGAACUGCUGGACGUCAGUGAGAGAGUCCAGCUCCUGCAUUCUCAGAACACCAGCCUGCUGAAUCAGAAGAAGAAGCUGGAGGGAGAUAAUACUCAGCUUCAGACUGAGGUUGAGGAGGCAGUGCAGGAGUGCAGGAACGCUGAGGAAAAAGCCAAGAAGGCCAUCACUGAUGCUGCCAUGAUGGCAGAAGAGCUGAAGAAGGAGCAGGACACCAGCGCUCAUCUGGAGCGCAUGAAGAAGAACAUGGAGCAGACCAUCAAGGACCUGCAGCACCGUCUGGAUGAAGCUGAGCAGAUCGCCAUGAAGGGAGGCAAGAAGCAGGUCCAGAAACUGGAAGCCAGGGUGAGAGAGCUGGAAAAUGAGGUGGAGCUGGAACAGAGAAAGGCGAGCGAGUCUGUGAAAGGAGUCCGUAAAUAUGAGAGACGCAUCAAGGAGCUCACCUACCAGACUGAGGAAGACCGUAAGAAUCUGGCACGUCUUCAGGAUCUGGUGGACAAACUCCAGCUGAAGGUCAAGUCCUACAAGAGAGCUGCUGAGGAGGCGGAGGAGCAGGCCAAUUCUAAUCUGACCAAGUUCCGUAAGCUUCAGCAUGAGCUGGACGAAGCGGAGGAGAGGGCUGAUAUUGCCGAAUCUCAGGUCAACAAGAUGAGAGCCAAGAGCCGUGACACUGGAUCUAAGGUGAGCGUGAAUCAGUAUACAAAUGUUAAAUGA